AGUUCACGUGUGACUCUGAGUUGGGCCUGCCUAUAAGCAGCAGCCAGUCCAACCCCGAAAAGUCCAAAGUCAAGUUUCUUCCCCGCUAUAUCUUUCUCGACUUUCCCGGAAAUAAAACCCAAACAGAACUCCAUAGCUAAAAGAGCUUCCCUCAUUUUCUCGAGAAAACUCUUAAGAGGGAGAAAACUAGAAACGAGAGAGGAAAAAGUAUGGAGCAUUCGAGCCAAGAGUCCCUGAUGAAACACUCGAAUUCCAUAACCUACGAAUCCCCUUACCCACUGUACUCCUUGGCCAUCUCCCACUCCCCCUAUCGUGUCGCCAUCGGCAGCUUCCUUGAGACCUACAACAAUCGCGUCGAUAUUCUUUCUUUCGACCCGGACGCCUUGACCCUCAAGCCCCACCUCCCUUCUCUCUCAUUCGAUCAUCCCUAUCCGCCCACCAAGCUCAUGUUCCACCCCUCCAACCCUAACCUCCUCGCCUCCUCCGGCGACUUCCUCCGCCUCUGGGACCUCCGUGACCACUCCGUCGAGCCCCUCUCAGUUCUCAACAACAGCAAGUCCUCCGAGUUUUGCGCCCCGCUCACCUCCUUCGACUGGAACGACAUCGAACCCAGGCGUGUCGGUACCUCCAGCAUCGACACCACCUGCACCAUCUGGGACGUCGACAAGGGCGUCGUUGAGACCCAGCUCAUCGCCCACGACAAGGAGGUAUACGACAUCGCUUGGGGGGAGGCUAGGGUUUUCGCCUCCGUCUCCGCCGACGGAUCGGUCCGGAUCUUCGAUCUCCGGGACAAGGAGCACUCCACCAUAAUCUACGAGAGCCCUCUGCCCGAUACGCCGCUUCUGAGGCUGGCCUGGAAUAAGCAGGACCUGAGGUAUAUGGCGACGAUUCUGAUGGACAGCAACAAGGUCGUGAUUUUGGAUAUACGGUCGCCGACGAUCCCGGUGGCAGAGCUUGAGAGGCAUGCAGCUAGCGUGAAUGCAAUCUCUUGGGCGCCCCAGAGUUGCAGGCAUAUAUGCUCGGCGGGGGAUGAUACUCAGGCCCUCAUUUGGGAGCUGCCGACGGUAGCUGGCCCCAAUGGAAUCGAUCCGAUGUCGGUAUACUCGGCUGGGUCGGAGAUUAACCAGCUGCAGUGGUCGGCGGCGGUGCCUGAUUGGAUUGCCAUCGCGUUUUCCAACAAAAUGCAGCUCUUGAAAGUUUGAGAUGUCUUAUGGUGGCUAGGAAGGUCGGCAACGUAAUGGACUUGCUCUACGCUUGAUAGCAUCUUAGACAAACAAUAUAGCUAGUGAACGGAGAUAUCUCUUCUGCUACUGGUGAUGAAUGUUCUGGUAUCUAAGGAACAGGUUCAAGCAAGUCACUUUUGCAACUAUUUACUUCCGCAUCAGUUUAUACAUAGAGAUAGCAGACUCCUGUUAGUAGGGUGUAGAUGUUAUUUUCCGUGUGUAUUACCUGUAAGAGCUAACUAUUCUAGAGUGUUAACCACAACCAUUCCCACUUCAGAUUCCCGUCUAUUUGGAUUGAGUUAGCCAAUGCCUACUGCACGUCUCAUGCGGUAGUGCUGCUUCUUGGAGCACUAUGGAGAAUAUUAUGUAAUGGAACUUUGUUGUAAUGCUGUUUCUUUGACUAUUAACUCUGACUCUGUUUAGUUCAAUGGGAAUAGUUAUGGCUGUACUGAUGCAA